ACUUCAAAACUGUAAUUUACUUAAAGUUUUGAGAAUAACAAGAACGGAUAUGAAUUGCCAAAGAGUAAAAUAUAUACUCAGAGGAUUACUAUCAAACAGUAUACAAUUGGACACUUUAGACUUUAGUCAUUGCAAAAUUGGGAAUGAGGGAGCAAGUUAUAUCGCCAAGUUUAUGUCCAAACAUGACAAAUUACGAAACCUUAUUUUGGCUGAUAAUGUUUUUGAUCCAUCAGGUAUUGAAGUGAUAUCCCAAGUCCUAAAUAAUGCAAGGUGUGGCAUAAGGACAUUGGAUUUAAGGCUGAAUAAUAAAUUAGGGUCUGAUGGUAUUGCUCAUAUCGCUGUAUCUUUGGCUAGAGGAUGUAAUCUUACCUCAUUAAACAUAUCAGGCUGUGGUAUAUCACCGAUUCCUAUACAAAAACCACCUGCUGGCGUCUGGUCAGCGAUGAAUGCAGCCAACCCUCCAACUUGUGGGGAUUUAUUGGCCCGUGCAAUAGGCUUGGUUAAAACACCAUUAAGAUCAUUUGACAUAAGCGUAAAUAACAUUGGAUCGCCUAGUGAUAUGACUUUAUCAAACGCCAUUUGUUUGAGCUAUUUAAUAGAUAUUAAUCUUAAAAGAUCUGGCAUGAGCCCCGUAGCAAUGUCUAUUGCUGAAUCAGCUUCCGCAGCUCAAAGAUUAAGGCGUGAAGCAGAAAAGGGUAUUCGAUUUAGGAGAAGCGCCGGUAGGGUUGUUCAAGCUAGACGAGUUGUUAAAGGAAUGAAUAUCGAUGCUGAUCCAGUACUACUCGCGCAGCAGCUUUCAGCACGGCCUUCAAUAGUAUCAGUUGCAUCUGAAGAUGGUUUUUAUUAUAACGUACAAACUGAACCACUGCCCAGAGAAUUCGGCUUUGUUCCUGCUAUAAAGGGUUCUCUCUCGCAUUCGCACACUUCAUCGAUAACUGGCCCUCCAACAUCGAGAAGAUCCAGCCAUCAUGUAUUGUUUGAAGCUGAUGAGAAACUGAUAAAUAAAUUUGAACGUAGAAAGUCUGACGGGUCAAUUUUACCACAACAAACUCCACUAAUAAAAAUAUUCAUUUCGCGUGUUAAAGAUAUUUGAAUAAAACAUUUC